GGAGCCCAGCAAGCAUUUGGGUGACGUUGAUUAGCACUAAAAAAUGGUCUGCAACUGAAUGCUGUUGUUGUGAUGUUUAAUGUAAAUUCUGUCAGAUAGUUCAGAUUUACCUAUGAAAUAUCCGAGGAGUGGGUCAAACCAUUACGCAAUAGGCUAUAGAAGCUAGUCAAAAAGUAACACAAUAAAAUUGAGUUAAAAAAAAUGGAGAGAACAGCAGUAUGAAUCAACCAUCUGGAUUUUCAAGAUGGAAAUGAAACAUUCUUCAGCAUCAUAUGAAUCAAAACGGAAAGCUCAGAAAGAAGAAGCAAAUGAAACUAGUUUGUUUAAAAAGGCGCGGUAUGAGUGGCAGAUAAAGGGCGAGUCAAGCAAAGAUGCUAAAAUUCAUAAGUAUUGUACAACUGAGGUACAACUUGGUCUUGACAGGACAGAACAGGACAUUGUGACAUGCAGCAAGCUUCAGGAGGAUGCAGCCUCAACAAAACUUAAGUUGAUAACUGGUAACAAUGCCUCAUUCCAAAGUGAAAUCAAGCAUGUUAAUAACCCAGAUUUCACUUCACAAGGCCACACUUCUUCAAGUGAGAAAGGACAGAGAUGUGGAGAUUUCAGUCAUGUAUCGUUGUAUAAUGGACAUCCUGCUGGCACCUUUGAAUCUCCAAAGUAUAGAGGAACUUUAGCUUGUGUUGACCCGGUAGUAAGUGACAGGACAGCAUCCAACAAUUCCCUGCAGACAUUUCAGAUCACACAAACAAAGGAGAGUAGUUCUGCUUUACCUGAAUUACAUGCAACGGAUCAGUCAGAUAUUGACACAAAUUUAGAUAGCAGAGGUGCAUUUGUUGGACUAUCCUCAAAUAUAUCUUCGAUUAGUAGCAGAAGAGCAUACAAUCCUCGUUCUUCAACAACAUCAACAAAUUCAAACGAAUUGCAGUUCGACAGUUUUCUAGCUAAGCGCCAAAACAGUCAUAUAGCUAAAGCAGUGGUAGACAACGCCAUUAAUAAGACACUGGAGGACAUGGGGGUUUCUCCAGACAAUAAUAAUGACAGUUUUGUCAAUGGAAAAUGUAAUGUAGAGGAUGCUGGAAUAUCCCAAGCCAUACAGAGUCGGGGCCUCAUCCCUCAACACCAGACUUUAGACAGUCAGGACAUCAUCUCUCAGCACCAGGCAGUGUGCGGUGCUAGAUUAGCACCAAUUCUCUCCCAUGUAACACACCUAUCAGACAUGGUUUUCUCUCAAGGUCACUUCCAGCCAAAUUGUUUGGCAGACACACAGGACAUCAUCCUUGAUCAGAACUCAACUUUUGCUGCAACUUCAGUUGCAACAUCUGUAUCUGCGUCCAGUUCUGACCUUCUUGACCAGGCUGUGUCCAUGGCAAUAUCAUCCCGGGGCUUGGCCCUUCAGAGGGAUCUAGAUGUUUUAUAGCCUAUUGUGUGCAAUAAUUGUUUUAGCAACGCUAGCCAAGUAAUCAAUUCACUGCCUUCUAUUGCUAGUGUAUACAUAUAUUUUCAUGUUAAUAAAUUGUACAUGCAUGUACUACGUAUACAGGAAACAAUAAUGAAAUUUGAAUCACCUUAUAAUUUUCAUUUCCUCGUAUAUAUAUAUACAAGGUUCUCCCUAGAUUAUUUUGAAGCUCUAGAUAUUUGAAUUAUAACCCUUGGUAGCAUGUAUCACUAGCUUUUGUGAAGCCUGUUGAUAUAAGGAAAAACAGCUUAGAUGCAGAAUAAAUUGCAGUUGUAUGUACCAUGGUUAACCUCAGAGUCGUUAUUGUAGGAAGUAUUGGUAUUGUAUAAUUAAAACAACGGACUGCAUGUGUCUUUUUCUUUGCCUUAUUUAUUCCGUUUUCCUUCAUUAUGAUCAUGAUCAUAACUCAUGAGAUUGUUCGGUGCACUAUAUAUACUAAGAGCUGCAAUAGUUAUAUAGCUGUAGUCUUUAAAGUGAAUUUACGUGUAACUUUAGACUUGAAUAUCUUUGUUAGUUAUAUAUGAUUAAGGACUUUUCAGUUUUUACAAUAGACAUACACAUAAAUGUAUCAUUGUAACAAUGCAUCAAACAUUUUUAAGAUUGAAAAAAUAUCAAUUGUUAUAUUGAGCGAUUUAAUGACCUAUCAAUGUGUGCCGUUGUUGUAAAUUGUUGGUUGUUUUAUAUUUCAAUUGCCAGUAGUCAUGAUACAAUAUAUAUUAUUCAUUAACUCAUUCACCCCUGAAAACACA